UGGGGGUGACGCACGUGUCUGAACAUUGCUGGGACGUGAGAAACUGAAAUGUUGCCAGAAGCUGCUGUGCCCGCCCGAGUGGCCGCACACAAACCCCAGAGACUCUCGGAGGAAUUCGCUGUUUGUUUGUUUGUUCUUCGCGUCCUUGAACAUACGUGACAGCUCGAAGCUGAAAAUCCUUACAAAACAUCUAAACAUAACAUCUUACGUCAACGCAUCGUUUCAAUUCCUGGAUGGCAACCCUGUUCAACAUGUUUCAUUCCAUCGACUUCCAGCCCGGAUUUGGAAACCUACAACACAAGCUGCCCAGAAGACAACAACACCGGAUUUAGGAAACGGAGCCGGUGGAAAACAUGUGGGCACACGCCUGAUAAAAGGCAGCGUGCUGCGGCUCAGUGCAGACGGCCAGUGUGCAACUACAACUCCGGAGAGAUGGCUCGGGCUAGCGCCGCUUGCUUACUGCUCAUUUUCACCGGGCUGACGGUGCAAGGCUUCACUCUGAAGUAUGCCGUUGACUGUUCGUACCCAUGUGAACGGACCGCCGCCUGUCCCGGGACGGCGGGCUGUAAAAGGACCGUACUGGAUGACUGCGGCUGCUGCAAGGUGUGUGCAGCCGCCAGAGGAGAGGUGUGUUACCGCACCGUGGCCGGAAUGGAUGGGGUUAAAUGCGGACCGGGCUUACGGUGCCAUUUUAACAGCGAAGAAGACGACUUCGGUGAUGAAUAUGGUAUUUGCAGAGACUGUCCCUUUGGAACCUAUGGACUGGAGUGCAGGAAGCAGUGUCAGUGCCCAUUUGGGAUCUGUAACAGGGAGACUGGCCAGUGCAUGAAGUUCCCGUUCUUUCAAUUCCCUGAAACAAAACCUGGAAACCGGAGGGAAUCUGCGUCUCCACCAGAAAUCGAGCAUGGAUCGGGACACAGCAGUGAGGAGCUGAAGCAGAAUGUUCUUAAGGAUGAAACAAAUAGCUCGAUCGGAGAGGAAGGACAAACCCCUCGCUGAUGUUUGCCCAGAUUUCGAUCUGAAAUGUGUUCUAUUGGAACUCAUUUUAUAAUGCAAUUAUUUGAUGUCGUAUUUAAACACGCGCCUAUGUGGACUCUGAAAUGUUGUUUGUACAGAAGCACUAUUUUGUUAAUAAUUGACAUCCUUAACUUUAUUCUAUUUUGUAGAAAGUGCCUUAAAACAUUGUGGGUCAUCCACCUUUAAUGGUUGCUUUUGAAAAAUUCCAUCCAAACAUCAGCUGGACAAUAGGGAAGCUAGGACAAUGCAAACCCAGAGGUGCCACUUCUUAUCACCACACCUCACGGUCCCAACGGAUAAGGUUUCAGAGCGUGGAUCUAUCUGCCCGCCAUAGCAGAUGUAGUUUUUAAGAACUUUGAUUUCUGUGUUUACGCCAACACGCUCCUUUCAUCUUCCACAUAUUAAAAUUCAGUGGAAGCCAGGCCUGACUUAAAUACGAACUGACAUUCAGGAAAGCACUUCCAGCACCUUGACUCCAUUUCUGAGCAUGGUUUGGGGUAAGCUAGGCAGUGAACAGGGAGUCUCUCAGUUACCACUCCCAAAGCUAUCUUUCCCUCCUAUUAUGUCAUUAUAGUUUAGCAUCUCACCCACAACACUGUCCUCAAUUCCACUUAAAACUUACUGUGCUUGUUUAAUCUAAGUUUGUUUUUAAUAGUAUGCAUGUUUUAUUUCUUUCCAAGCAUUCCCAUUGAAGCCUCUUUAUCCUUUGCCUCAUCCAUUUUCAGGUCUAUCCUCAUUCCCCUCAGCUCUUUUCCCAUUCGGAAUCCCAAUUUUCUAAACUACAAGUUUGCUAUCACCUAAUUGUUUCUUAUUUCAGUUUAAAAAUUUUUUUUAGCUAGUGUCCCAAUCUACAAACUUAGCCUUAGCUUCUCCAUUUAAAAAGAAAUCAAUGUGCAUGCAAAUUGGCACAGCUAGUUAAUAGAGAACAGCUUUGCCUCAGAAAAUGUAGCCACAAGAUUGUAUGUAAAAUUGCUGACAAUAGUCAACUUUGUUCCUUUAUAAUGCAUUGCCAGCUUCUGCAUUUCAUAAUCUGUAAUUAGCUGUUUUAUCCGGCCAUAUAUUGUUCCAGCCUCCAGACCAUUCAUUAAUUAGCAAAUAAUAUUCAUUUUUACUGUUAAAAUAUUGUAAAACCAGAUUUGUCUUUCAAAAAUAAAAUGUGUAUAUAUAGUAAAAUAUUAGAUAUUACUCAUUGUUGUUGAAACUCCAUGUUCCUUAAUAGAGAACAAACAUUUGAAUUUGUUUUUGUGCUUCACUAUGUAUAUAUUGUCAAAACUAGCAUAGGUGUGCAGAGAAGGCACAGUUAUCUUUACUAAAUGAACAGGUAAAAAUGAAAAUGCACAAUAUGUCUUUGAAUACUUGAAAGUCAAAGAUUGGUUGAUUUUUUUUCCAGAUGGGAAUAUAUCCUGAAGAGAUUCCACUAAAAUGUUAACCAUCUUUUCAAUGUUAAAUGCCCAAUAAAAAGUGGUGCCUUUCCAUCUCAUCUGAUUUUAUUUAAAUGCACCUCAUUCAACUUUUUUAUUUACUAAAUUGUUUUCAGAAAAAUGUAACUAUCAUAUAAAA